AUGUUGGAGAGGCAUGAGGAGUGGAUGGCUCGACAUGGACGUGUUUACAAGGAUGCACAAGAGAAGGAGAGGCGUUACAACACAUUCAAGCCUAAUAAUGUGGAGUUUAUAAAAGGUUUUAACAAGAAGGGCGAAAACCAGUACACACUCGGCAUCAAUAAAUUUGCAGACCUAACUAAUGAGGAGUUUGAGGCGAUGCAUAAAGGCUACAAGAGGAGACACCUCCCGGAGAUCAUGUCCAACUCUGUGAAAGCAGCUCCAAAUAACAAUUUUGGAUAUGAAAAUGUCACCGAUGUGCCAAAAUCCAAGGAUUAUUUUUCACUUGGCUCUGUGACCACUGUCAAAGACCAAAGACAAUGUGGGUGUGGCUGGGCAUUCUCGGCAGUAGCAGCCAUAGAAGGGCUUAACUUUCUCAAAACAAGAAACAUAGUUUCGCUAUCAGAGCAAGAGCUGGUUGAUUGCGAUGUUGGUCUUGUGAACGAUGGUUGCCAUUAUGGCGAGGUGGGUUAUGCCUUCGAAUACAUGAUUGAGCGAAACAGGAGCCUGGCAACAGAUGCUGAUUACGGUUACAAGGGUAGAGAUGGAGGAAGUUGCAAGGCUGAUGAUUAUAACAACACUGAUGCUGCCAUAACCGUAAAAGGAUUUGAGCUUGACCCUGAAAACAAUGAGACGGCUCUGCUGCAGGCUGUUGCAAACCAGCCAGUUUCUGUUGCCAUUGAUGACAAUGGAGAAUUUUUCCAGAAUUAUGCGGAUAGUGUGUUCAGUGGACCAUGCGGCACAAACUUAACCCAUGCUGUGACUAUCGUUGGAUAUGGCGAAGAAGAUUGGAAAAAGUAUUGGAUGAUCAAGAAUUCUUGGGGAGAAGACUGGGGGGAUAAUGGGUACAUGAAGUUGCAGAGAGACGUGCCUGCCGAGGAAGGACUCUGUGGCAUCGCUAUGGCAGCUUAUUAUCCAACAUCAGAUUAAAGAAGCACCU